AUGGAGAUUGCCGAGUUGCUAAAAUCAGCCUUCCAGGACCAUGGUGAUCAGGGGCAUAAUCAGGCCCUGUUGCUGUUGGGUGGCAUUGCUAUUUCCUGCCUCGCUCUGGACCUCCUCUUUCUCUUGUUCUACUUGUUUUGGCUGUGCUGCCGCCAUCGGAAGGCGAAUGCUGACUGCUGCUGUACAGCCUGGUGCGUGAUCAUCGCCACCCUCGUAUGCAGUGCAGGAAUUGCUGUUGGUUUCUAUGGGAAUGGAGAGACCAGUGAUGGCAUUCACCGGUUGACGUACUCGCUACGCCAUGCAAACCGCACUGUGGCAGGUGUCCAAGACCGGGUACUAGAUACCGCAUUGGCCCUGAACCAAACAGUGGAACCAAAUUUGCUGAUCCUGGAGGAGAUGUUCACAAAGCAGACAGACUACCUGCAUGUUAUCCAGAAAUUGCAAGGUCUCUUGGAUGAUCUGGUCAGGCAAACAACUGAGAUCCCUUUUUGGAAGAAUGAAGAGCUCUCUCUGGAGGAGUUGGCAAUUCAGAUUGACCUCUAUGAUUGGUACAGGUGGCUGGGAUACCUGGGCCUGCUCCUGUUCCAUGUUCUGAUAUGUUUGCUGGUGCUCUUUGGGCUUAUAAGAAACUCCAGGGCCAUUCUUUUGGGGGUGUGCUUGCUUGGAGUGUUUGCCCUGAUUGUCAGCUGGGGAUCCUUGGGCCUGGAGUUGGCUGUUGCUGUGGGCUCCAGUGACUUCUGUAUUAACCCUGAUGCCUACGUCUCCAAAGUGGUUGAAGAUAACGCAGUGCUUAGUACUGAUACCCUCCGCUAUUACAUUACCUGCAGUGCUGGAUACCCUAACCCUUUCCAGCAGAAGCUGUCAGGAAGUCACAAGGCUCUGGUGGAAAUGCAGGAUGAUGUUAUAGAACUCAUGAGGUCAGCGAGCAGAGAGCACCCCACCUCCAAGGAGUAUCUUACUCGGAUCCAGGAGGUUUUAAAUUCAACAGAGAUCAACUUGCAGCAACUGACAGCUCUGGUAGACUGUCGGAGUCUACAUUUGGAUUACGUCCAGGCUCUGACAGGCUUUUGCUAUGAUGGAGUGGAAGGCCUCAUCUACCUGGUUCUCUUCUCCUUUGUCACAGCACUCAUGUUCAGUUCCAUUGUGUGCAGCGUCCCACACACUUGGCAGCAAAAGAGAAGCUCGGAUGAGGAUGGGGAAGAAGAAUCAGCUGCUCAAGGGAGUAGACAAACACAUGAUAAUCUUUACAGAGUACACAUGCCCAGCCUCUAUAGCUGUGGGAGUAGUUAUGGCAGUGAGACCAGCAUUCCAGCAGCAGCACACACGGUCAGCAAUGCUCCUGUCACAGAGUACAUGAGCCAGAAUGCAAAUUUCCAGAACCCCCGCUGCGAGAAUACCCCGCUCAUUGGCCGUGAGUCCCCACCUCCCUCAUACACCUCCAGCAUGAGAGCCAAAUACCUCGCCACCAACCAACCUCGUCCAGAUGCUGGCAGUGUGCAUUAAAAUGAAAAAGCAAAAGCAAAAAACCCCACACAUGCAGUCAGACAAAACAAUGUGCCAACUGCAGUGCCCCUGUGCUGUCCUCGUGGAACAAUCCUGCUGUUCUGCCCAAAAUCCAGUGCAGCUCCUUCUGUUUCUCCAGUCCAGACCACCCUUCCAACCUGGUACCUGCCCAUUGGAGUGGAAGCCCCUUUUGAAUUUAAGCCUUCACCUGCUGUACCUGGUGUGUGAGAGAGAGCAAGCACGUGCAGGCAAGCAACGGAGAGAUUACCAUCCUGUCCUGGGUUUCACCUGCCUGGGGCCAGCUUGAUCAGUGGCCUUACCAGAAAACG